AUGCCCACCCACCACCGCCAGCAAUCCACUACAGAAGAUCGCUCCGCAAAGCGCCUCAGAAUGUCCGGGCCCGUUAUCGGCACGCACAGCGGGCACUUCCACGCCGACGAAGCCCUCGCAGUGCACAUGCUGCGCCUGCUCCCGACCUACCACGACUCCCCCCUCAUCCGCACACGCGACCCCGAGAAGCUCUCCACCUGCCACACCGUCGUCGACGUCGGUGGCGAGUACGAGCCCUCCCGCAACCGCUACGACCACCACCAGCGCGAGUUCAAUACCACCUUUCCCGGCCACGGCACCAAGCUCUCCUCCGCGGGGCUCGUGUACCUCCACUUCGGCAAGGCGGUCAUCGCGCAGGUGACCGGGCUGGAUAUAAACAGCGAGGAUGCAGAGGUGCUGUACCAAAAACUCUACGACGACUUCAUCGAAGCCUUCGACGGCAACGACAACGGCAUCUCCGCGUACGACACGCGCGCUCUCAGCACCGCAGGCAUCAAGAAGCGGUUCGAGGACCGCGGCUUCAGCAUCGCCUCCGUCGUGAACCGGUAUAACCACCACUGGUCAUCCUCCGAGGAGGCUCAGAGCAAGGAGGAGCAGCAGGCAGCCGAAGACGCGCGUUUCCUCAGAGCCUCGGCCUUCACAGGCGAGCAGUUCGAGCAGGAGCUCACAGACAAGUUCCGCGCCUGGCUGCCCGCACGCGCCGAGGUGCGGAGGGCGUUUGAGAGCCGGCAGCAGUGGGAUCCCCAGGGCCGGAUUAUGGUGAUACCGUACAAGAAGGAGGGCGUGCCGUGGGCAGAUCAUCUUUAUGCGCUCGAGGCGGCGGAUAAUGUUACGAAUAACAACCACGCGCAGGUGCUGUAUGUGCUGUUUGCGGAGAACGGCGAGCCGGAUAGCAAGUGGCGGAUCCGUGCUGUGAGCGUGGAGGGAGGCGGGUUUGAAAACAGGAAGGACUUGCCGGAUGCGUGGAAGGGGGUUAGGGAUGAGGAGUUGGAUAAGGUCAGUGGGAUUAAGGGAUGCGUGUUUGUGCAUGCGAGUGGGUUUAUUGGGGGGAACAAGACAUUUGAGGGGGCGCUGGAGAUGGCGAGGAAGGCUGUUGAGGCGUGA